UCCUAUGCCCACGUGGCCUGGGCGUGAAUCGUGCGCCCAGGGCGCUGACUGAUUACGUAGAGGGCGGGGCCGGAAGUGCCGCUCCUUGGUGGGGGCUGUUCAUGGCGGUUCCGGGGUCCUCAACGUUUUUCCCGGUUGAGAUCCUAAAUCCGUGUGAAGCUGGGACAGCAGAGCUCGAGGUUCUUGCUGGUGUGAAAUGACUGAGUAUAAACUGGUGGUGGUUGGAGCAGGUGGUGUUGGGAAAAGCGCACUGACAAUCCAACUAAUCCAGAACCACUUUGUUGAUGAAUAUGAUCCCACCAUAGAGGAUUCUUAUCGAAAACAGGUGGUUAUAGAUGGUGAAACUUGUCUGUUAGACAUUCUGGAUACAGCUGGACAAGAGGAGUACAGUGCCAUGAGAGACCAAUACAUGAGGACAGGCGAAGGCUUCCUCUGUGUGUUUGCCAUCAAUAAUAGCAAAUCAUUUGCAGAUAUUAACCUUUACAGGGAGCAGAUUAAGCGAGUAAAAGACUCGGAUGAUGUACCUAUGGUGCUGGUAGGAAACAAGUGUGAUUUGCCAACAAGAACUGUUGAUACAAAACAAGCCCAUGAACUGGCCAAGAGUUACGGGAUUCCGUUCAUUGAAACCUCAGCCAAGACCAGACAGGGUGUUGAAGAUGCGUUUUACACACUCGUGAGAGAAAUACGCCAGUACAGAAUGAAAAAGCUCAACAGCAGUGAUGAUGGGACUCAAGGUUGUAUGGGGUUACCGUGUGUGGUGAUGUAACAAGAUACUUACAAAGUUCUAUCAGAAAAGAGCCACUUUCAAGCUGCACUGAUAACCUGGUCCUGACUUCCCGGGAGGAGAAGUAUUCCUGUUGCCUGUUGCUCUCUUCAUCUCAGAGAAGCUCCUGCUAUUUCCCCAACUCUCAGUAUAUGAGCACAGUCUCCACUUGAGAACUUCUCAGAAUAACUACCUCCUCAUUUGGUUGUCUGACCAGAGAAAUGCACCUCUUGCUAAUUCCCCAGUAGUUUUCUGCCCUGGGCUCUCCCCAACAAAAACAAACAACUCUACCACCCAGGUUUUUAUCCAAUAAGCAACUCAUGCUCUGAAACAGAACCAAACUGUAGACAUGAAAUUCUGUUAAAAAGUUUCUUGGGCUCUAAAGCAGCAACUGCUGGUGAUCCAUCUUUUCCUUUUUAUUUUUGAAUGUGGGACCUAUGUUAGAUUUUGGAGAAAUGUUCGUAAAGUACUGUUUUGCCAAGAAUAUAAUUAUGUUACUGAUAGGUUGGUUUGUAGUGUUGUCAGCUAUAUUCUACAAACUGGCAUCUGCUCUGUGUUCGUAAAUACAAAAGUGAAGCCAGGCAUGGUGGCACAUGCCUAUGAUCUAAACCAUUUGGGAGGCUGAGGCAGGAGGAUAAGUUCAAAGGCAUCCUGGGCAAUUUGGUGAGACUCUGUCUCAAAAAUGAAUAAAGGAAUAAAUUGGCUGGGUUAGUUUAGUGCUCCUGAGUUCAGUCCCCAGUACUGAAAAGAAAAUGGUAAAUACAAAGGUGAACACGGACUUUUGAGUUUAUCCUGGUCUUCUCAACUUUUAUGAAAUUAAAUCCAACUUUGACAACAAAGUGCCUUUUUCGUAGAAGUGGUUUAUAGACUUCCUUUAUAGUCCUUAAGUAGAAUAGAGGUCUCAGCCAUUAUGUAUGAAAAUAUACCUGUCUAUCUUUGAGGGAAAGAUACACCUAUAUAAUAGCAGAUCCCGUUUCUUACACAUAUGAAGAUUGUUUCCUAGAGGCGUUUCUGGGCUUUCCCCAAAAAAAGAUGAAACUGGAAACAAUUAAAAAUAAUUUCACUCAAUUUUUAUCUAAUCUCUCCUUUUUUAUGGGUUACUGCCUACAAAUAUAUAAUUUAUUUCUUCUAGCAUAUUGAUAAAUUUGGGUCAUACCAGAAAACUUAGAUUUGCAUUUAUUCCAAUAUUGCAAAAGUUGGUGAUUUUGGCUUAUUUUAUAUCUCUGGUGAUUUUUCAAACCUCAAAUAUAUUAACAGGCAGAUUAUAUUUUCACUAUGUGUAUAUUCUUUAUGAUGUAUAUAACUGCCCUCAGUCCCCUUCUCCGUUCACUCUCAGCCCCUCACCCCACAGCAACAAGAGCUUGAUUAAUUGUUUUAGUUGAGUAAAGCAUGGUGCUAAUGGACCAGGGUCACAGUUUCAAAACUUGAACAAGCCAGCUAGCAUCAUUUGAUCAUAACUCCAGUUUUGCUGGAUGCCUUCUGGUAGCUCUGCAAG